AUGGACGAGUACUGCGUGUUGUUGGGCCUCCACCACUUGGCCAACUCCAUCUUGUACAAAACCAUCGUGGCCAAGACGCACUUGGCCUACUGGGCCCAGGUGAAGCUGUCCCUGUGGGGCAAGCUUGUCUACGGCGUCCAGACCUUGCCGCUGCGGGCAUGGCGCGUGAUCGGCGCCGGCUUUUGCGGCGCCGUGGCCGCCGCCAAGUCUGGGCCCGGGCCCACGUGGGCUUCCUGCGGCGUGGGCCCGCUUGUGCGGGCCUUGCGGCGGGUGCUCGCCAGCACGUGGCGCCGCGUCAACGCAGACUUCGUUGUGAGGCAGUCGCGCCUCCUGUUUUUGAAGAUCCCGAUGAAAGGCCUCGACGCCGAGAUCCGCGGCCACACGGCCGCGCUAGCCGCGGAGUUGGACGAGCACCACCGCAUGUUGGGCGUGUUUGUGAACAGCUUGCCCGUGUCGCGCGGCACGCUCGCGCAGAUCGUGCCGCAGAGCGGCGUGCCGGCCGGCGGCGCCGUGGGCGGGCAGCUUGACUUCAUUGCGCAGUUCGUGGCCGGCGAGUCGCGCGCGUCGCUGGCCGCGCCGCCGGGCGCCGUGGCGCGGUACUGGCCGCUCUUGCUAGUGGCGGCGCAGUACGGCCCGGCGCUCUCGCUCAACGCGUGGCAGAACCGCGCGGCCAUUGCCGCGUGGGUGCGGCGCACGUUCGUGGACACGGCCGCGGGGUUCUGGCGCAACUGGGUGGUCAAGCCCGUGGGCGACAUGUUGAGCAUUCUCCGCAACGACGAGGCCAUGGCGCUCGCGCUGAAGCAGUCGCUCCGGGCGGACCUCGACUCGCUCGAGCGCAUGGUGUUGGCGUACGUGGCGGACACGCACGUGGACGUGGCGCCCGCGGACGUGCGUGCCGCGGUGCGGCUGGGCGACUUGACCAUGGUGAUGGCGCGGUACGAGGACGAGCUCCGCACGCCGUACCGUGCGCUCCUUGGCGGCCUGUUGGUGCGGGCGUUAUUGAUCCAGGUGCAGAAGACGAAGGUGGACGGCGACUUGGCCAUCACGGGCAUCGACAAGCUCCUCAAGCUGCAGCAGCUCUUGCUCGGCGUGUUGUCCGUCCUGCCCUCGCUCUUCAUCCUCUACCAGGCCCAGCGCGCGUUGUUCAAGGACGCGGCCCUCACGCAGAGCUUCGUGGACCGCCGCGUGGACUGUCUCAAGAGCUUGAACCUGAUCUCCCGCUUGCUCAACCGCGAGCAGGCCGCCGACAAGUACGUGGCUGACGGCAAGCUCUUCGUGGAGGUCGUCAACCUCAGCUUGCUCGCGCACCAGAUCAUCCCCGCCGCGCUACGGGACGAGUUUGUGGGCGACUUGAACCUGCUUGCGCUCGCCUGCUCCGACGACUCGAUCGACGUGCGGGCUGCGGCCGGCCGCGUCUGGAACAUGUACGCGCCGUACUUCCGGAAAUAG